AUGGCCUGCACGACAGCAAGGCUGCAAGGCGACAGCAAGGGAUCAAACACCGCAGGCCAUCGGCCCUUCUACUUAUUCGGACACAUGGCGAACAGCUUGGCAGACGUGGACAACUUUGUGGUGCAGGGCGCGAAUGCCAUCGAAGCUGAUCUCAGAUUUGCCUCCAACGGAACAGCGCUUAAGUUCUACCACGGCGCGCUCUGCGACUGCGGUCGCGACUGCCAUAAAUCAGCGGGAGUUACCGAAUACCUGUCUUACCUGAGGGACGCGGUCAACGAAGGUGGCAAGUUCGCCGGCAAGUUGCAGCUUCUUUACAUCAACACGAAGACUGGCAACCUUUCUCCUGGCAGGAAAUACCAGGCCGGUAUCAACUUGGCCAACAAUUUACUACGCCACCUUUGGAACAACGGCACAGUUACCUCCGAGCGCAUGCUGAACGUGAUCCUGUCUGCCUUCACAACGAUGGAUAAAGACAUCCUCUCAGGAGCGCUGGACACCCUCAAGCGGGCCGACAACUCCUCGAUAUAUCUCGACCACGUGGGUUUUGACAUCAGUGGAUAUGAACUGCUGAGCAUCGUCGCCGAUACGUACGAAGAGCUGGGCAUUUGGCAACAUCGCUGGCAGGGUGAUGGCUCGACUAAUUGCGUCAUUGACGGCUACGGGGAUUUACGCAUGAAAGCAGUGACGUCACGACGAACGGCGGCGAACAAGACGCAUGACUACGUGGACAAGGCGUACGUGUGGACGGUUGACACUCCCCGCAGCAUCCGUCGAUUCCUGAGGAAGAAUAUUGAUGGCAUUAUGACCAACAUGCCAGCAAAUGUUCUCGACAUCCUCAAGGAAGACGAGUUCUCAAAUAUGUACAGGCUUGCAACCGCCCAGGAUAGCCCGUGGAAGCGUAUUGUUUGA